AUGACAAGCCCAGAACCCAGAUGGUCUGUGACAAAUCCUGAGCCCAGACGGUCUGUGACAAAUCCUGAGCCCAGACGGUCUGUGACGAAUCCUGAGCCCAGACGCUCUGUGACGAGUCUUGAGGCCAGAUGGUCUGUGACGAGUCCUGAGCCCAGAUGGUCUGUGAGAAGUCCUGGACCUCAACGACAAGAUGAAAGUCAAAGACAGUCAGGAACAACUACUUCAAGUGGUCUUGCUCCUCUUCUGCAUAGACUUCUUACAAAUCAAGAAAUGAUGAUGUAUCAACUCAAAGUUAUUCAGAUGACCAUGCAGAAAACAGGCGAACUUUCUCGUGGGCAGGAUCCCCUCGAGAGAGAUAUACUGCCACUAAAAGAUUCAACCUCCCUGCUGGCUCUGGAAAAAUGUCUCAGGGAAGAGGCCGACCUCAAAAACAAAAUGAUUACUUCAGUGAGAGUCAUUGGAACAGUUGACAUUAAGGAUAGUGUUUGGCGAGUUAUGAAGCACUGUUUUACCAACUCCCUUGCCAAACAGCUCAACUGGCAUGGCAUCAAUGGCAAAACGGCUUUCCACAGACUGCAUCUGAAAGAUGUAAUUACUGGGACUGUCAGAAACAACAGGCUCACAGCAACAGCAACAGAUCAAGAGGUAGAAUCCUACAUCAAAAGAUGGCUUCAACUUGUGAGCGACUGA